AUGGGUCGCUCUCAGGAGCUCAGUGAAUUCAAGCGUGAUACUGUGAUAGGUUGCCACCUGUGCAAUAACUCCAUCUGUGAAAUUUCCUUGCUACUAAAUAUUCCAUGGUCAACUGUUAGUGGUAUUAUAACAAAGUGGAAGCAACUGGGAACAACAGCAACCCAGCCACAAAGUGCACAGAAGUCGCCAACUGUCUGCAGAGUCAAAAGCUAAAGACCUCCAAACUUCAUGUGGCCUUCAGAUUAGCACAACAACAGUGCGUAGAGAGCUUCAUG